AUGUCGUCUUCAACAUAUAUACCGAAAAGUAACCAGUAUAGUGCAAUUCCCCAGGCUGAAGAAGCCGCGGAAGAAGAUAUCGAUGAUACUAGAUCGGCAAAUACAUUAAUACCGGAACCACCACGAGACAAGAAGACCAAUUCCCGUUCGGCACAAUAUAGCAAGCUAAACACGAGCGAGGAAUUUGAUUUUGGAGGAGAAGAAGAAGAAGAAGGGAGAAUAGGUGAAGGCGAAGGGGAAGAAAUCGAGUUGGAAACACUAGAUAAUCUCGAUUAUGAAGUAGAUAUCGAAGAAGAAGAAGCAGCCAGCACCAUUUCUACCACCAUUAUUGGCUCUUCAAACAUGAAAAUGGCAUUUAUGAAUAUGACAAACUCGAUACUAGGCGCUGGUAUAAUUGGCCAGCCUUUAGCUUUUAAAAACAGUGGCUUUUUAGGUGGGAUUCUUGUCAUGAUUCUACUCACCAUGUUGAUUGACUGGACCUUAUGUCUUAUUGUACGCAACUCCAUAUUGGCACAACGGGCCAAAUCGUAUCAAGAUACGGUCAAGUACUGUUUUGGGUUGCCAGGGAAGAUUGUGUUGCUUUUGGCAAUCAGUUCUUUUGCUUAUGGUGGAUGUAUGGCCUUUUGCGUCAUCAUUGGCGAUACCAUCCCUCAUGUGCUCAAGACCUUUAUACCUCAAUCUGUAACUAGUGGCGGCUGGGCAUGGUUAUUUCAUCGCAAUACAAUUAUUGUUGUUUUCACAUGUUGCAUAUCGUACCCUUUAAGUUUGAACCGAGAUAUUUCGAAAUUAGCCAAGGCCUCGGCAUUUGCACUAUUUGGGAUGUUGGUCAUUGUUGUGCUUACUGUUGCUCGUGCACCAUAUGUAUCGUCUGAUUUGAGAGGCACCAUUGCAAAGCAUGAAUGGUUUAUCAACUACAAUAUAUUUCAAGGAAUCUCAGUUAUUUCAUUUGCAUUGGUUUGUCACCAUAAUACCAUGUUUAUAUAUCAAUCUAUGAAGAACCCGCUGUUGGCAAAGUUCACUAAACUUACUCAUUUCUCGUGUUCAAUUUCCAUGGUAUUCUGUAUGAUUAUGGGUCUCAAUGGGUUUGUUAAUUUUGGAAAUCUAACAAAGGGGAAUAUAUUAAAUAACUUCAAAAGUAAUGACAACUGGAUUAAUGUAGCUCGAUUUUGUUUUGGGUUGAACAUGUUAACUACAUUCCCUUUGGAGAUAUUUGUAGUAAGAGAUGUAAUUAAGGAUAUUUUACUAACACGCAAAGUGAAACGUGAAGGUGUUUCAAGUGCUUCCGAUUUGGAAUUAUCUACAAAGCAGCAUUUCAUAAUCACAUCAAUAUUGGUUUUCAGUUCGAUGAGUGUUAGUUUAUUUACAUGUAAUUUAGGUAUGAUUUUGGAGUUGAUAGGAGCCACCUCUGCCAGUCUUAUGGCUUAUAUUAUACCGCCAAUGUGUUAUUAUAAAUUAUCGUGGUUACAAUUGGAUUGGGCAAGCGUCACCAAACAAGAAAGAAGAACGUUUAUUUUAUCAAAAGCAGUACCUAGUAUCGCGUGUAUCUUGUUUGGAUUCACAGUAAUGUUUAUUUCAUCAGGAAUGACCAUUAGAGAUGCUAUUUUGAACAAAGAUACGAGUGAUCAUUGCGUUGUGGAUUAG